GCGACCCGGGCACCCCUGGCGCCGUGGACGUACCGGAAGGAGCUCGGUCCCUGUGGGCCAAAGCCGAGAGCUCCAGAGGCCAGGGAAGAUGGGGAAUGCCAAGAGCCUGUCCAGCCAGAAAACGUGCUCGAAGUUCCUGCCCGAGGAGCAGGCUGAGGUGGACAGGCUGUUUGAUACCCUGUCGUCUAAUAAAGAUGGCUCCGCAGCGGGAACGUUCUCUCUGGAGGCGCUGAAGAGUCAUGUCAAGGAGGCUCUUCCUCCAGGGAUGGUCACCAGACUCUAUAACGGCAUGUGGAGGGUCCAGCUGACCCACAAGGCACACGGGGGCAGCGGGAACGUUUCCCGGGAGCAGUUCACAGUGUUCCUGUCCCACCUGUUGAAAGGGAGCUUCGAGGAGAAGGGCCAGAUGGUUAGGAAGAUGAUCUUAUCUGCAGAGGGUCCUGUGAAGGCCAGAGAGGUCCAGCAGUUCACAGAGGAACUGGUGGCCUCUGCGGUGCAUGUGCUGACCCACCGGCAUGAGCUUCGAGGCUGGACUCGGAGGAAAUCCACGGCGUCCCCCACCAGUGUGCAGGCGAUGACGGCCCAGCUGCUCUCAGAGAUGAAGUUUCAAGAUGGCCACAAGUUUCAGGGGCCCCAGUUCCUGGACCAGGUCUGCGACCAACCCGUGAUCGAGGACUGGGUGUUCCGUGUCCCUCACGUGGGCGUGUUUCUGAGCGUGGUCAUCCAUCGGGGCCUUCGCCUCCUGAGCUCAGCCCUUGACCUUUCCACGCUGGUCCCCGAGUGCCACGUGGACCCAGGGCAGCCGUUUGAGAGCAUUCUGGACGUGCUGUCUGUCGUCUACCUCAACUCACACCUGCCCGCCGAGCAGCGCCACCGCUGGCGGCUGCUCUUCUCCACACGGCUCCACGGUCAGAGCUUCUCUCGGCUGUGCGGCCGCAUCACACACCGGGGGCCCUGCCUGCUUGUCCUCGAGGACAGGGACGGCCAUGUCUUCGGCGGCUUCGCCUCCUGUUCGUGGGAGGUCAAGCCUCAGUUUCAAGGGGACAAAAGAUGUUUCCUGUUCUCCAUCACCCCCAGCAUGGCCACGUACAUGCCCACGGGUUACAAUGACCACUUCAUGUACUUGAAUCACGGACAGCAGACCAUGCCCAAUGGACUGGGCAUGGGCGGGCAGCACCAUUACUUUGGGCUUUGGGUGGCCGCCGACUUUGGGAAAGGACACAGCAAAGCCAAGCCCACAUGCACUACCUACAACAGCCCACAGCUGUCUGCCCAGGAGGACUUCCAGUUUGAUAAGAUGGAGGUGUGGGGGCUCGGCGAUCUCUUAGAGACACAGCUGGUCAAGAACAAGAAGAGCAUCCUUGACUCGAAUCUCGAGGCCCAAUGCCUGUUGGAGAUCAGUGGACGGGCUCGCCACAGUGAGGGACUGCGGGAAGUCCCUGAUGAUGACUGAGGCUCCUGAACCGUGGACUUCCUGGAGCAAGGUCGGGGACUCCCCGAGAGAUGCAGUGCACACAGCGUCCAGAUUCCUCACUGCUGGGUAGGCAGAGCCCCUCAGCCCCUCUGCCCUGACUCUGGCUUAGCUUUAACACAGCCACAUUGCCACAUCCAGGCCGUCAUGGCUGUACUUAAUCAGACCACAGCCACACCAAGAAAAACCCCUCUGAAGCCAUAAUUGGUGGGUGUCACCUCCCAGGAUCCCUGAGCGUAGGUUAGAACUUCGGCCUUAUACUUUGUUUUAUGUCAGUGGAAUUCAAAGACAGG